AUCCCUGUGGAACCGCUGCUUCAGGUUAAAAAUCUCCAAACGUACUUCUUCACCUACGAAGGUGUGGUGAAGGCCGUUGACGACGUAACCUACGAGGUAAUGCCCGGCGAAACUCUGGGACUGGUCGGCGAAAGCGGAUGCGGCAAGAGCGUGAGCGCCCUUUCGUUGAUGCGCCUGAUCCCAGACCCGCCCGGCAAAACAGUCGGCGGUGAAGUCCUGUUCGACGGAGAAGACAUCCUCCAGGUCGAUAUGGACGAUAUGCGCCGCAUCCGGGGCGCCAAAAUGGCCAUGGUUUUCCAGGAACCCAUGACCUCGCUGAACCCGGUGCUCACCCUGGACCGCCAGUUGACCGAAACCAUCCAGCUGCAUAUGGGCAAGUCGCGGGACGAAGCUCGCCGGGACGCCAUUGAGCUGCUCGCCAGGGUUGGUAUCUCCGACCCGGACCAGCGGAUUCGUCAGUACCCUCACCAGUUCAGCGGCGGAAUGCGCCAACGCGUAAUGAUUGCCAUGGCCCUGAGCUGCAACCCACGGCUCAUCAUCGCCGACGAGCCGACCACCGCGCUGGACGUUACCAUUCAAGCCCAAAUUCUCGAGUUGAUGAAAUCCCUCACCCUUGACCUGGGCGUUGCCCUCAUCAUCAUCACCCACAACCUCGGCGUGGUGGCCCGUUACGCCGACCGCGUGAACGUGAUGUACGCCGGCAAGAUUAUCGAGCGCGGUUCGGCGCUGGAGAUUUACACCAAUCCGCGCCAUCCCUACACCGUGGGGCUGCUGGACUCGAUGCCACAAGCCGCGUCAACGCCGACCGGCCAGGACGAUACGCUUCUGGAAGUGCGCGGUCUGAAGAUGUACUUCCCCGUUACCUCCGGAAUUCUGUUCCAGCGCGCCGUAGCCUAUAUCAAGGCCGUUGACGACAUCAGCUUCACCGUGCGCCGGGGCGAGACGCUGGGUCUGGUGGGCGAAUCCGGUUGCGGUAAAACCACCACCGGGCGCUGCAUCCUCCGCCUGUACAAGCCUACCGAAGGCGAGAUACUGUUCGACGGGGUUGAUGUGGCUCAGGCACGCACCGGUCAGAUGCGGGCCAUGCGCCGCCAGAUGCAGAUAAUUUUCCAGGAUCCAUACAGCUCGCUGAAUCCCCGCAUGACUGCCGGCAACAUUAUCGGCGAACCGCUUGCCGUGCACGGGUUGGUAAACAACAAACGCGAAUACCGCGAGCGUGUGGCCGAACUCCUCACUAACGUUGGCCUCAACCCCUACAUGGCCGACCGUUUCCCCCAUGAAUUCAGCGGCGGACAACGCCAGCGCAUCGGCGUGGCCCGCGCCCUGUCGGUCGACCCAGCGUUCAUCGUGUGCGACGAGCCCGUUUCGGCGCUGGACGUGUCGAUUCAGGCCCAGAUUAUCAACCUGCUGGAAGACUUGCAGGAACGAUACAACCUGACCUACCUCUUCAUCGCCCACGACCUGUCGGUGGUGCGCCACAUCAGCGACCGGGUGGCAGUAAUGUACUUGGGCAAGUUGGUGGAGAUUGCCGACCGCAACGCCAUUUACGAAAACCCACAGCACCCGUACACGCGGGCAUUGCUGUCAGCGGUGCCGAUUCCGGACCCGGUGCUGGACGCUCAACGAGAACGCAUCAUUCUGACCGGCGAGGUUCCCAGCCCGCUGAAUCCUCCAUCCGGCUGCGUGUUCCAUCCGCGGUGCCCCAUGGUCACCGAAGACUGCUCGCGGGUUUUGCCGGAAACGCGGGAAAUCCUGCCCGACCACGUUGCGGCCUGCAUCAACGUUCCGGGCUACGGCCCAUACUGA